AUGACCGUCGUCGCACAACAACAAGACGCGAAUCUGCUCGACUCGCCCUUCUUCCAACACGGCUUCCUCGAGCCCGCGCCGCCCGAGGCUGUAUGCGCAGAAUGGGAGACCCUCCUCGCGCGCGCUAUGGCUCUCCCGCUCAAGAUCACAGAUUCCUCACCUCAAGCCGAAUCGUGGCGCCAAUCCAUCCGCAAUAUGCCUGUGCUCCCGCUCCCCUCGCCGCACCUCCUAGCCCACGCCCACAGCACACUCACCUUCCUCGCGCACUUCUACUCGCACUCCCUCCCGGCGGACUGUACACUCGCAGAACGGGUGUUACCGGCCGGAGUAGCCGUCCCGCUGAUGCGAGCGAGCAAAGCGCUCGGCGUGCCGCCCGUGCUGUCGUACGCCGAUACAGUGUUCUACAACCUCACGCCGGCGUUCUUCGACACUUGCUCUUCUGCGUCAUAUAAAUCGUCGCCGGCGCGGUCGAGCCUGGAUCAAGUCCGCGCGACGUUCUCGCACACCUCGGAUGAGGCACAUUUCUACUUGACGUCGGCGCGGAUCGAGCACGUCGGCGCGUCGUCUCUUCGCGCGGUGCACACCGCGCUCUCCGCGCUUUCCUCUCAGUCCUCUCGCUCUAUGUCGUCUGAAGACGAUAUCGCGCGUUCGCUGAGCGAGCUGAGCGCCGACAUCCGACUGAUGGCGCGUAUACUCGAGAGCGUGCGCGAGGGGUGCGAGCCGGGGAUAUACUACGACGCGCUGAGACCGUGGAUGCGCGCGCCGGAUGGUGGGGCUGGGCUUGGGUGGCGUUUAUCCUUCGCGUCUUCGGGGAUGCGGGCUGAAGAGGUCGAGGAGAUGCAAGCGGAGGAGUGGGUCGAGCGUGUUGAUUGGGAUACGGAGGAGGUGCUGUGCAAGACGGGGUUGGCGGGCGCGACGGCUGCACAGAGCUCGAUCAUUCAAGCGUUGGACGCAGCGCUGGGUCUCGAACACGAGUCGAACGGAUUCCUGCACCGCAUGCGCACCUACAUCCCCCGCCCGCACCGACGCUUCAUAAACGCCCUCACACCCUCCGGCCUCUCCCUCCGCAGCCACAUCCUACAUUCCGGAACGGUCAGCGAGAAGGAAGGGUAUAAUAAGUGCGUGGAGGCGCUGAGGGAGAUGCGGACCGUGCAUGUGCGGAUCGCGGCGAUUUAUCUUGUUAGUCCUGCGCCGAGGGUUGUUGGGAGGGUACUAGUUGAGAAGGGGACGGGGGGCACGGCUGCGAUUCCGUUCUUGAAGGGGGUUAGGGAUCGGACUGCGAGGGCUGUUGUGUAG